CGAAUAGCAACACUAAUUUUACGAAAAGGUUUGGAAGCUACUGAUUUUCAUUUUCUCAAUGUUGUAAAAAUGACCGAGAAUUCGGAAGAAGCACGUUCAUCUCAGUUUUUCUGGAAAAUUGUCAGUCACAAGAAUACUUUGAACGAUUGUGGUCACUCGAGAGAUACAGCAAGGUAAUUGAGAGACUGCCUACUCCAACCUUUAGCUGCAGUUCAACAGAAAAGCUUCCUCCACUUCCCCCAGUAGCGAAGCCUGAAGCACCGUCUUCCCUCUAUGCUAUGGUAACAAGAAACGCAUUACAUCCUCCUCUUAUGAAUGCCUUUUCUUUGACGCAAGCAUCCCCGUUCAAGGAACAGAAAUACUGGCGUUCACCUAGUCAGUCUAUCGGGAACAAUUUCUCACCAAAUGCUGCCAAUUUAUCAAUCCUUACUCUGGCGAAGUGCGGCAGUUUAUCUAAAAGUGUCCGCAAAAAGGAGAGGGAAAAAGAUUACUCAGAUCACAUAACUAGUUUGAGAACCAUGUCACCCGAAAAACAGAUCAAUCAAAUGAAAGCUUUGGAGAAAGAAAGAAACGCGAAUCGUGGGAAACCAUCAGAAAGAGAUAUGGAAAGAUAUCAUUAUUAUAUAAGUAAGGGCAUACCAGAUCACAUGCUUGCUCCACUGCCUAUUGGAUUGUGGGAAAGAUUACACAAGUAUUUACCAUCACGUUUAACAUCAGUCUGGCCGACAGUUGUCAUCGAGCUACAACAACAAAUACAUGAAGAUUAUGAAUAUGCACUCAGAAAAUCUAUAGUUGACUACAUUCUGUUAGAUCCAGAUGAACGGAAACGACUAUUUAUAGAAUGGUUGCCCGUUCCAUAUCCAAGUUUUGUUGUUCGGGCCCCAGUACCGUGGCAUACAAGACGUAAAAGAGCAUAUGAAUUCUGCAAACGUUUCUUAUUUACAACAGGUCCGAUACCGUUAGCUUUACAAAAUAUUUGGUGUACAGAAUUCUCACAUCUACGUUUUGUAAAUUAUGACGAAUUAAUAAAUCUUCCAUCUCCUAUUGAACCGAAAGAAUUUGAAAGAUUAAUUACUGAACAGUGUCAAGCAACAAGGGAAAUUCUACGAAAAAAUUGGAUACCUAAAUGCGCACAAGCAUUCAUUGAAUUGCGUGAUACGUGGGCUUAUCUAUUGCCAGCUCGUUCAUCUGAUUCAAUGGAGUUGGUCAGAUUAUUUUUUGCAUGUAUUGCUGCUUUAAUGUCUGCACAGUUGCGCGGAAUGGUAAAUAAAUCUUUACAAGAUUUACUUAGUGUACUACAGAUACAUAGUGAUGGCAAUAGUUUUGAAGAACCAUAUGAUGAGUUAAAAUUUCUUCGUAGAUCACCAUUUUUAUUAAAAUUACAUGUGGCAGAUCCAAAAAUCAUAUUUGUACCUAGUUUUCGUGAGACAAGAGAUUGUAUACUACACUGUUUUCAAGCUAUCACAGAUGCUGCAGAAAAUUUGCCAAGGGUUGAAGUGGAUAUUUUCCCUGAACUACGUACACAUUCCUUGUAUCUCCGUUCAGUUGCAUUUGGUGAUCAAUCGAUAAUUGAGUAUACAGAUAAAGCAAUGGUUGUUUUUCGUGAUAAUUCUAUUGGGCCUAAAGAUUAUUUAGAAUUAUAUCGUCCAUAUGGGAAUUUAUUAAACAAUAAAGCGGAAUUGGAGUUAAGAAAUUUUCUUAAAGAACGUCACACACUACUAGCUGUUAAAAAGAAAAUUGAAAACUUGCAGGAUCUGAAAGCUGAAAUAUCGCUGUUACGACAAUCUGUACCAAUGAGUUUAUUUACUUUGGACUGUAAAGAUGUUAACGAGGAAUUGGCUAAUCGCGUUUGGAAAUUACGUGAUAUUAUAGGAUUAUCAAUUCUAUCUGCUGUGGAUGAUAUACAAGUUCUACUGGAUGAUCAUAUUAUCAAAGCUCAAACAAUGCGUAAUUCACCAUAUAUAAAACCAUUUGAAGAAGAAAUGAUAGCAUGGGAGGCGAAAUUAAUUUCAAUGAAUGAUAUAUUAGAUGUGUGGCUCAAAGUGCAAGCGACAUGGUUAUAUUUGGAACCAAUAUUUUCAUCUGAAGACAUUUUAGCACAAAUGCCAGAAGAAGGUCGUAAAUUUGGUGUUGUUGAUGUAUUAUGGCGUGAAAUAAUGACCGAAGCAGUUGCAAAUCCAAGUUGUUUAGUAGCCACCGAUCAAAGAGAUAUGUUGAGACGUUUAACUGAUGGGCUUUUAUUACUCGAAGAAAUACAAAAAGGAUUAAAUGAUUAUUUGGAAAAGAAAAGAUUAUAUUUCCCUCGCUUCUUUUUCUUAUCGAAUGAUGAACUGUUGGAAAUCUUAUCAGAAACGAAAGAUCCCCAAAGAGUUCAACCGCAUUUGAAAAAAUGCUUUGAAGGUAUUAAUCGAUUAAUGUUUACCGAACAACAAGAAAUUAUUGGAAUGACCUCAGCUGAAGCGGAAUCUGUACCAUUUAUUACUAAAAUUUAUCCAGCUAAAGCAAAGGGUAUGGUUGAAAAAUGGUUAUUACAAGUAGAAGAUAUUAUGUUAGGUAGCUUACGAAAAGUUAUUGCAGACAGUGUAUAUGCGUAUCCUCAAACUCCAAGAGAAAAGUGGGUACUGGAUUGGCCAGGUCAAGUUGUCGUUUGUGUUUCAUGUAUUUUCUGGACAGAGGAAGUACAAGAUUCUCUUGGUAAAAAUAAACUAGAUGAGUAUCUCACAAAGUGCAAUCGACAAAUUGAUGAUAUUGUACGUCUAGUCAGAGGACAUUUAACAAGUGGAGAAAGAAUAACACUAGGAGCACUAACAGUUGUUGAUGUACAUGCACGUGAUGUGGUCUCGUCCAUGGUUAAUAACAAAGUGAAUUCAGUUCAAGCCUUUGAAUGGUUAAGUCAGUUAAGAUACUACUUUGCACCAUUAGAAGCUACAAAAGUAACUGUAUGCCAAAUUACUACAGAAUUGGAUUAUGGCUAUGAGUAUCUGGGUAACACUCCACGCUUGGUUAUAACCCCACUAACGGAUCGUUGCUAUCGAACACUUAUGGGUGCUUUAAAACUGAAUUUAGGUGGUGCACCUGAAGGACCAGCAGGAACUGGAAAAACUGAAACUUGCAAAGACUUGGCUAAAGCUAUAGCUAAACAGUGUGUAGUAUUCAACUGUUCUGAUGGUCUUGAUUAUCGUGCAAUGAGCACAGAAUUAAGCUUAAACCCGACCUGCACAAUGUUUAUUACAAUGAAUCCUGGUUAUGCUGGACGUCAAGAACUACCGGACAAUUUGAAAGUUUUGUUUCGUUCAGUUGCUAUGAUGGUUCCAGAUUAUGCACUUAUUGGGGAAAUAUCUUUAUACUCCAUGGGCUUCAUUGAUGCUAGAUCUUCAGAUAGGUUAACAAAUCUAACUGAAUGA